UAAUUCACCAAAACAUGUACGUGCAUAAAUAAUAGUGGCACGGGGUUGGUCACGCAGUUCAGGGUUGUCGGUUCAGUCAAGUGUUUAAAACAAUAGCCUGUUCAACUUUAGUUCUGACAUUGUUGAAUAGUCCUCAUGAAAUGGUUUCACUUCAUAAAAUAGUCUAUUUAAUGUGUCUAACUCAUAUCCUAUACAAGUUUAUACAGCUUUGUAGGCAACAUCUGAAACACAGAGCCUAAGGCAACAUGUACCUCGUUUGAUUUUAAGUUACAAAUUGAUUUAAUGUCACAGGUACAUCUGUCAAUGGCAAUUUACAUUCUUUACAUUUAACUUUUUAAACGGUUCUAACUUAUUCACCUGAUUGUAAUACAUAAAAUUGCCAGGAACACAUGCCACAGCAGUCGGAAAUAAAGUUGCAUCUGAAUGUCAAACAUAUUGAUCAGACAACUCUUCACUGUUCAUAAAAAAACAAUCAUCUCCAAAGUGUAUGACUGAAUCACUUUAUGGUGUUAUUUGUCAAAGUUCUUAAAACAUUACAGUGGGUCUUGCAACAAAAAAAGGAUUGCUAUACACCUGAUGCUAUAGAUAAUUGCUGGUCAAAGGCCACAAAGAAAAAAAAAAAGGCUUGUCUCCAAAGACAGUUUGGGUACACUGGGUGUGAGUCCUUACAGGCUAGAGACAGCAAACAGUAUGACUGUCAUGAUACAUUGUGCAUACCUGUUAUCAAUCAUAACCCCCUCAGAGGCAAUCAAUAAAUUGAUGUGAGCUGAGAGACCUUACACAAGUAAUGGCAUCAAGGUGCAACCAUAAAUUCAUAAAGCACAGUUUAAUACAAAGGCACUACUGGCUAUCUGGUAGGCAACCAAAUUACAAUGUAAACACAACAUUCUUCUGAUUCUAGGCAGUGACACAUCUACCAAAGCCUAAUGCAUCACUUCCAGUGAUACUGUACUGAGAUAUUCUGUGGUAAAAUUUGUGUCAGCAGUUGCCUGUUACACUGUUCCGUCUGUUGUGAAGCAAUACACAAGUUAAAGGUGAAGGUUGUGGUAAGCACUUCAUCUUGUGAUCCUGUUCUGAAACUUGUCUCUUCACAUCAUAGGAGUAAAGACUUUGCAAGCAAUCAUAGGCUUGCUAUUCAGCAAGAAACGGGUUCACUGCAAAGUAUAUCAACUCAAAAAACAAAAAAUGUUUGUUAGUUACUUGGAAAAUAAAUAAAUGUAGCAACAAAAUAAGGCUUAGGGGAUAAACAAUGCAGGAAAUCAUACCUAAAAUCAGUUUGUUUGUUUUUUACUUUAUGGAGUUCUGGAUCAAUAAUAAAACAAAUACAGCCAAACAUUAUAAUUCUAGUAAAAAGUGUGACUUCUGCAUCAGACUACUGUAUAUCAUGUGUUAACAUUAUACAGCUAAGAGGUCUUAAGAAAUCUUCCUAAAAGAACUCUGAUGUAUACUACAUGAGAGGAACCCCUGCAACAGUUUCCACAAUUUUGACCUUAACUUAACACACAAACUAGAUCCAUAGAUUCUGAGAGACUUUCAGAUAGACUUCUUCAGUCCAUGAUAGCAAUGACUCAUGGUUCAAGUUCAAGUCUUUUAUUGUCAGAUGCGCAGAACAACACAGGGUCAGACUGGGCACUUUAAUUCUUAGGAAUUUCAGUGGAGUCCUUGUUGUUGCCCCCUGAUUAAUAAUUCCUUAUUAAUAGAAUAGAAUAGACUUACUUAAUUAUUCUAAGAGGGGUCUUGAGGUGAGAAAAAAGCAACAUGCCAAAUGAUAUGAUAUUAUGAUGAGAAUAUAUUAUACCAGCAUAAUGUAAUCAUAAUACCAACAACAAUCAUAGUAAUACUGUAAUAUAUGAUGAUAUCAUUGAAAUAGCAUUGGAAUAAAAUGCACAUCAAUAUAAUAUACAACAUGGAUCAAUAAGCUUAUUUUCUUUUCUUGUGAUCUGGCAUCAAAUCAAGACUCAAACAAAAUCACGUGACAGCAUUUUUCUUUUGACUAGUUAGCUUAGCUAAACAAUUCAGGGUUACAUGUGUCUUCUGUGCUUUGGAUGUAAGAAGUGAAGUCACAUAUAGACACAUUGUAGUUUUCUUACUGUUACCACUUAUACCUGUUGGAAAUAGGAUGGGACAUUUCACAAUGUUGGCAAUUAAUAAGGAAAAAGAGACAUUAGGCAGUCAUAAAAGAAAACAAGCCUUCAUCUUGCUGUCCAAAAAGCAAUUUUUUGGUGACUUCCUGAAAGCACUUGAAGAGUGUCUGUUUGUGGAAGCUGCAGGACUACCGAGAGUUACAUAACCUGCUGGGAGAUCACAGGGGUGCAUGGUAGACAAGAGCCAUUGGCUCAGACUGUAGGAAAUAGGUUGCACUCCAGAACAGGUUUUGAACAUAAUUGAAGUAACAGGUUAGUAGGGUUGCAUGCUCUAUCUCUGUUCAGCCAUUGCAGAUCUGGUUUAGCAAGUCAGUGAUGUUAAAGAUGACCAACUCCCAUUGUCAUGGUGUAACUAGAGGGAGCACUGCCUUUUUGGCUUUCUAAGACAUGGGUUACAAGGCAUUGAAAUGAUCCAGCUGGAUCUUAGUCAGCCCCUGGAGGAGCAGGGUCCUUUUGACGUCAUCAUCCACAAGCUGACAGACCUCAUCCUGGAAGCCGACCAGAACGAUACACAGGCCCUGCUGCUCAUGCAGAGUGUCCAGGACUACAUUGAUGCUCAUCCUGAGACAGUGGUUCUGGACCCCCUGCCAGCCAUCAGGACCCUGCUGGAUCGCUGCAAGUCGUACCAGCUGAUCCACAGGCUUGAGGACAGCAUGGGAGAUGACAGGCUCCGCUCUCCUCCCUUCAUGGUCCUCACCAGCGAGUGUGGGGCUGACACCCUGCAGCUCCUGCAGAAACACGACAUCACCUUCCCCUUCAUUUGCAAGCCGCGGGUGGCGCACGGCACAAAUUCCCAUGAGAUGGCCAUCAUCUUCAGCGAGGAGGACCUGAAGGACAUCAAGCCUCCUUGUGUGAUCCAGAACUUCAUUAACCACAAUGCCGUGCUGUACAAGGUCUUUGUGGUGGGAGAGGCAUACACUGUGGUGGAGAGGCCCUCUAUCCGGAACUUUCCCUCCGGACCAGCAGAGAGAACGGCGAUCUUUUUCAACAGUCACAACGUUUCAAAGCCAGAAUGUGCCUCUGACCUUACCUCUAGGGACAACGCCGAGGGUGUGUCCAGACAACCCAAAGAUGAUGUCAUCAGGGAGAUCUCCAGGUGUCUGCGACAGACCCUAGGUGUGUCGCUGUUUGGUAUCGACAUCAUCAUUAGCAACCAGACAGGCCAGCACAGUGUCAUUGACAUCAAUGCUUUUCCAGGUUACGAGGGCGUCCCCGAGUUCUUCCACGACCUGCUCAGUCACCUGACCAGCGUGCUGAAGGCGCAGGCGUCGGAGACAAACAACCCCUGCGGGAAACCCUGCGCGCUCCUGGAAAAAGAGGCCGGCUCCCGCUUCGCCGAAGGCGAGGGCGUCAGGAGGGGCGCCCAUCAGGGACUGGGGUGUAACUCGGAAGUGCCGGCGAACUUCCAGCAGCACUGCGUGUCAGCCAUAGCAACCAAAACCUCCUCGCACUGAUACGAGUCUGUUCUCUUUCUGCUAGGAGAGACCCGUCAUGUCACAUGAUCAAACCGAUUAAAUCUUCCUGAUUGCGAGGAGAAGAAGACAUCCGAAGGGAAUGUUCUCUGGUGGUUUUGCAGACUGGUGUACUGUAAUUGUGUUCUUGGGGAUGUAGUUCUGACUUACUGGUGAUGUUUCCCUUGUUUGACUUGUGGGAGCCUAUAUCCAUGAGUGGUCUUUACAGGCGAAUCACUGACUGAAUACAUGUUCGUUGACGUGUGUGUGAAUGUUAUGAACGUUACAUGUUCUGUUUGAUAUGUUCUGUUUGUUUGUGGGUGUGUGGGGGUUGGUUAGACCUUUCUAUUCUAGCAAGUGCUAUGUGUGCAUACUCAGGUUAAAGUUUUUCCUUAUUGAAAGCUUGAAGGCUUGAAAAGAGGUAUCUCUGCCACCCAAAAAAAGCCUUUUGCUGAAGUAUCGGCAAGCUCUCAGACAGACAUACCUCCACUGUGACUCUCCUAAGAGCUCUCUUUUUUACUUGGAUAUACAAAGACUAUCACCACUCCAUGAAACCAUUAGUUCUCCAUGAAACGUAAUUCAGGGUGUAAGCAUGUUUGAGCGUAACAUGAAGGAAAAUACAUGUACUAAUUUAUGGUGAGUUGGGGAAUAACAUGCUGUCAAAUCAUUUUUCUGAACAAAUGCCUUUGAACAAAUUGUGUGUUUUGUAAAUGAUAAAUGUACAUUGUGCAUUGUGGAUAAUGUACAUCCACAUAAAUGUAUAUAAUGCAGAUGCAUUCAUUCAUUCGAUCUCUAAACAGGGGUAUACAAAUAUACAAAAGACCAAAGAGGCCUUUUUAACAUGGGUUAAACUUUCACUCAACCUAUCUUGACAAUGUUAUUGUUCUUUCACAGGAACAAGUGAGUGUUGAAUGUAUGUACAGUAUAAAUAGCUGCAUAUCAAUUAAUAUAUGAUGUUGUUUUACCACAAUGAGGUGUUUUGUUUCUAAUUAUACUUUGAGAAAUAUGAUCAAUAUUGAGAAUUCUGAAAUAAAUCUCACAUCUACAUUA